AUGGCGGACAUAAAAGCCCAAGUCGACAGCUCCGGCACGAGCAUGGAAGAAAAGCCCGUAGGCAAAACCGUCGAGGAUGUUGACGACAUUGACACCCAAUCCGUCGAGGGCGCAGGCUGGGAUGAGUCGACGACCAAGAAGCUCAUUCGCAAGAUUGACUACCGGCUCAUCCCCUUCCUUGCGCUCCUCUACCUGCUCUCCUUCCUCGACAGAACCAACAUUGGCAAUGCCAGACUCGACACCCUGGAGGCAGACCUUGGCAUGCCCAAGACCAGCCUCCAGUACAACAAUGCGCUCGGAAUCUUCUUUCCCUUUUAUGUCGCCGCAGAGGUGCCCAGCAACAUGGCCAUGAAGAGGUUCCGCCCGAGCAUUUGGAUCCCCAUCAUCAUGAUCGCCUGGGGCAUCUGCACCACACUCAUGGGAAUCGUUCACAACUACCCCGGGCUGAUGGCUGCGAGAGCGGCAUUGGGUCUUGCUGAGGGCGGUCUGUUCCCUGGAAUCACGUACUACAUCACGAUGUGGUAUGCGCGCCACGAGUGUGGUCUUCGGAUGGCCAUCUUCUUCUCCGCUGCGACAGCAGCCGGUGCUUUUGGCGGUCUGCUUGCGCGCGGUAUCAUGGAGAUGCGAGGAGUCGCAGGUUUGUCUGGCUGGCAAUGGAUCUUCAUCCUUGAGGGCAUACUGACCUUCUUCGUCGCUGUUUCGGCCUUCAAGUUCAUGUAUGACUACCCAUCAACCGCACCCUUCCUCUCCGCACCGGAGCGCAAGGAGGUCACAGCGCGGCUCAAGCGCGACCGAUCCUCCCUCGCGGACGAGUUCGACAUGAAGUACUUCUGGGCCGCCCUCAAGGACUGGAAGAUUUGGGUGCACAUGUUCAUCACGAUUGGAGUGUACACACCGCUGUACUCAUACGCCCUGUUCCUGCCGACCAUCGUCGCCGACCUGGGCUACCGAAACACCACGGCGCAGCUUCUGACCGUGCCUCCUUACUUCGUGGCUUGCUUCUUCUGCAUCGGCGCGGGCUACCUCGCGGACAGGAUGAAGACACGAGGGAUCUUCAUGAUCGGCUUCAUGAUCAUCGCCAUGAUCGGCCUCAUCAUGCUCCUCGCCUCCAACAGCAGCGGCGUCAAGUACACGGGGUGCUUCUUCCUCGCGACGGGCAUCUACCCCAACGUGCCGCAGGGUGUCGCCUGGAACGGCAACAACAUCGGCGGGUCCCUGAAGCGCGGCGUGGGGAUCGCCAUGCACGUCGGCUUCGGCAACCUCGGCGGCCUCAUCGCCGCCUACAUCUACCUCGCCAAGGACAGGCCCACAUACCGCCCGGGCCACGCCACCCUGCUCGCCUUCCAGGCCAUGGCCACCACCCUGAGCAUCUUCAUGACGCUCUACCUCCGCAGGGAGAACGCGCGGCGCGAUAGGGCGCACAAGCCGCCGGGCGAGUACACCGAGGCGGAGAGGCAUGCGGAGAGGGAGCUGGGGGAUAAUGCGACGUUCUUCAGGUAUACGGUUUAG